AAGAAGAAAAAAGAAAGGAAUUAAAAAAAAAAAACCUCGGAAAUGACAGAUAACAAGAGAUUGGUACCGGAAAAGUAUGAUGUUAACGCAAAAUGGGACGACUGCCUCGAUCUCACUGUCCGCCGCUUCGUUUAUUCAUCAGCCGCUGGUGCUUUUGGCGGCCUCCUAUUCUUCAGGAGUCCAGUGACUCGAUGGGCUUCGGUAGCUUUAGGUGCUGGGAUUGGAAUUGGAUCUGCAUAUACAGAAUGUUCUCGUAAUUUUUAUGGAUAUGAUGCUCCUGUUUCCCAGGAUGGGAAGCAGUGAGUUGAAGUUGUUGAAGUUCCUCUAAGUUUACAGGUUUGAAUUCAGAGUUUUUCAUAAGCUGGUAUUGUUUGUGGUUUCCCCAGCAAUGUCUUUUGAAUUUUAGUACAAACAUUGUUGUUGGUGGGUCAACAAUUAACAUGAUGCACCGGAAAUUUGGCAUGACUCCAGUUGUCUUUUGCUUUGUAAUUCUAUCAUAAGUAAUAACACAAAUUUGAAGAAUGUAAUAAUUCCUUAA